GAGUAGACAGCCCGUGAUGAUGAUGAUGAAGAUGAUGAUGAUGAUGAUGAUGGAGCUCUGUCUAGUCGACAGUGCUCAUGAUGAUGCCAUCUGACACCUCCAGUGACAUUAUGCACAUUCGGCUCGCUUGACACGCGAUGUGACUGCGGACUCGAGUCAGGUAUGACUCGGAUGCUCGUAGCUAGCUAGCUUAGCCGUUAGCUUAGCCCUCAUCCACCCUGCUGCAGUCGGAGAGCUCCAGUCAGCAGGCGGCUAACAGCUCCAGCUGAUCAGCUGCAGCACCACACACAGCCCGGCGAGGAGAUGGUGAUGAUGAUGAUGAUGAUGAUGAUGAUGAUGAUGAUGAUGAUGAUGAUGAUGAGGCCUUAAUGUCAGAUCGGAAACGGUGUGUGCGGUCAUCAGAUACAGACAUGGCGUCGCAGCUCCAGGUGUUCUCCUCACCCUCCGUGUCCUCCAGUGCCUACUCUCGUUCAAAGAGGCUCAAAGUGGAGAAUCCUGCCUGGGAUGUGUCAAACCAGCUGGGAGAUAAUGGUUACUACCAGCAGAGCCCCACCCAGGGAGCUGCACCCUCCACUUCUGGCUCUAACUUCAACCAAGUGUACAACUCCAAUCAGGUGCAUCCUCCGACAGCCGGCUCCCGGGAGCAGACGGUGGUGCGGGCAGCAGACAGCACAGGUAGCGUUCGCGGACCUCCCUCCUCCUCCUCCUCAUCGUCCUCGUCCAGCCGUCGUGUCAAGGAUGCAGAGUCCUCCUCCCAGCCGUGCGACCUCUACCACAAGCAGUACAGCUUGAAGCGGAAGAGUGAGGAGGUGGACAGCAGCGACAGCGUUCAGAUACUGGAGGAGCUCUCGGCCCCCGUGGUCUCGAACCGUACCGGUGGUGGAGGGGGAACCACCACCGCUCAGUCCAUAGCACAUUCCACUUCUACCACAAAGAGCAGCAACUCCCACAGCGAGGGCGACUACCAGCUGGUCCAACAUGAGAUUCUGUGCUCGAUGUCCAACAGCUACGAGGUGCUCGAGUUCCUGGGACGCGGCACCUUUGGUCAGGUGGCCAAAUGCUGGAAGCGGGGCACAAAUGAGAUAGUGGCAAUUAAGAUCUUGAAGAACCAUCCCUCUUAUGCUCGACAAGGUCAAAUUGAAGUGAGCAUCCUCAGCAGGCUGAGCACAGAGAACGCUGAUGAGUUCAACUUUGUCCGCUCGUACGAGUGUUUCCAGCACAAGAACCACACGUGCCUUGUGUUUGAGAUGCUGGAGCAGAACCUUUACGACUUCCUGAAGCACAGCAAGUUCAGCCCUCUGCUGCUCAAGUGCAUUCGGCCCAUUCUUCAGCAGGUGGCCACGGCACUGAUGAAGCUGAAGAGCCUGGGGCUGAUCCACGCCGACCUGAAGCCCGAGAACAUCAUGUUAGUGGACCCUCUGAGGCAGCCGUACAGAGUCAAAGUCAUUGAUUUCGGCUCGGCCAGCCACGUGUCCAAAGCGGUCUGCUCCACCUACCUGCAGUCGCGAUACUACAGAGCUCCGGAGAUCAUCCUGGGCCUUCCUUUCUGUGAAGCGAUUGACAUGUGGUCGUUAGGAUGUGUCAUCGCUGAGCUGUUCUUGGGAUGGCCUCUUUACCCUGGCGCCUCAGAGUAUGAUCAGAUUCGUUACAUUUCCCAGACACAGGGCCUUCCUGCAGAGUACCUGCUGAGUGCAGGAACCAAGACCAGCCGCUUCUUUAACAGAGGCCCCGACUCCAGCUACCCCCUCUGGAGACUCAAAACUCCUGCAGAGCACGAGGCGGAGAUGGGCAUCAAGUCAAAGGAGGCACGGAAAUACAUCUUCAACUGUCUGGAUGAUAUGAUGCAGGUGAACAUGACAAACCUGGAGGGGACCGACAUCUUAGCAGAGAAGGCUGACAGGCGGGAGUUCAUAGACCUGCUGAAGAAGAUGCUGACGUUGGACGCAGACAAACGAAUCACGCCCAUGAAGACGCUGAACCAUCCCUUUGUUACCAUGACGCACCUGCUGCACUUUCCUCACAGCUCACACGUGAAGUCCUGCUUUCAAAAUAUGGAUAUAUGCAAACGCAGAUGCAGCGCCUUUGAGAAUGGAAAAAAUAUGUUUGCCAGCAGCAAUACCCCGAGUGCAGCCACCAACCUCACUGUCACAUUCAGUAGCCAACUAAACCAGCACAACCAGAUGGCCUCUACAGGAGGCCAGUCCCUGUCCCUCAGCAGUAACGUCCCGUUGCUGAACUACCAACCCGGCCUCUACCAGCAGGCCACCAUAAACAUCCCCGGCCUGACCCAGCAAGGUGUGCCACUGCAGACCAGACCUACCCAGCUCUGCGCCCAGACCGAGCCCUUCCAGCAAACACUCAUAGUUUGCCCUCCCACCAUACAGGGUCUUCAAACAUCCAGUAAGCCCUCUGGUUAUCCAGUGAGGAUGGACAACUCUGUUCCCUUAGUUCCUCAGAACCAGUCGUCCCAGUCUCUUCACAUCCAGCCCGGCAUGCUAGCACAGGCCUCCCUCGAUCCCCUGCUGGUCGGCAGCCUGUGCUCCUCAGUGGCGGGAAUGCCGCCUCUAGGUUCGGUGCUGCUGCCAGUUGGCUGCAGGGGCGCGAGCCUCAGCGGCUUACUGGAUCAGAAUGCCUCCGUGCAGCAGGGCUGGCCAGCAGGCACACAGCAGAUCCUCAUCCCCUCGACAUGGCAGCAGAUGCCAGGCAUGGCCAUCCACAACCCUGGGCAGGCCGUGGUGCCCGACUCACCCAUGGGAGCCCCAAUCUCCGACAGUCAACAAGCUUCUGGCUGGAGGGGUCGUCAUGGAAGCCAAUACGAUGGAGUCAGCCAGCAGGACUCUGGUGUUGGCCGUCACGCUGCCUCCCAGAGCCACAACUCAGGGGCCGCUCACUCCAGAUCCCAACAGGGCAAGAGGUCAAAGGCUCGACAUGCAGAGAGCAGAGCCAGGCCCGUGUCAUCGGCCACCACUGUGGUGCACAACACUUCUGCUUUUGCUGGUGACCAGUCUCAGCCCAUCGUCAUCUCGGACACACCAAGCCCUGCCGUCAGCAUCAUCACCAUCCACAGCGACUCCGAAGACGAGGAUGACAGGAAGUUCCCGGCUGCCUGCUCUGGAACAAGCCAGAGGACCAACGUGAUCAGCUGUGUGACGGUGCACGACUCCCAUGACUCAGACUCCUCCACCAGCAGCCCCCUGAGUCCCAAGACCACCUCACAGCCCACCAAGUCUCUGGCCAUCAUCAUGCCAUCUGUGAAGAGCCAGCCGGGGGAGAGCACAACCCACAAAGCUCCAGCAGCUCCAGAUCAAGCUACAAGUGGCUCUGGAAAAUCCAAGAAGGCGUCGACUCAGCAGUCCAGUCGGGCGGGAGAUUCCAACACUGAUCGCCAUCAACGGGCCACGUCCAGCAGAUCUCAGCCUCUGAACUUGAGUCAGGUACAGCAGUCUGUGAUGUCAUCAUCCCAUGACCAAACAGGAAGCAGUAGUUCUCUGAGGUGGCAGCCCACGUACCCCCCUCCUGUCUCAUCCCACUCCUCUUACCGGCUUCACGAGAACACCCUCUUCAGCUCAACCCCGAAUCUAUACGCCUACCCGGCCUCUGCCGCCCUGGCCUCUGUGUCCCAAGCUGUGGACCAGAUGCAAGGCGGCUCGUCCCGCCACGGCAGGGCAAGCGGAGCCUACUCUUCCCUGGCGCUGCUCCAGAAGAAUGGCAGCCUGGCCCUGGGAGGCUCUGCUCCGGGACAGUACGGCAACCACCACCAACAGCAGCAGCAGCAGCAGCAGCUGGGAGGGCAGCCUUUUCACCACGCCAGUGCUACUUACCAGCGAAAACUCAACCAGUAUCCCUACCUGUAAAGACUGAAGGGCUGCAUGGAGACCAAAUGGAGACCGAGACUAGAGACGAGCACAAGCUCAUCACGGGUGGCUGUGAUCAGACUUUUAACUUUCCUUUACUUUCCAGUCCUUGUUUUUACAACUUCCUGUGAUUAUUGUGGAUAAAAUAAUCAUAGAACAUAUUUAUAGUUUCA